AGGGGGCUAGAGGCUGCGUGUUGCAAGUACCAGGAAAUUGCUCGGGUUUGUUUCCUCCGGGAGCCGCGAGAUUUAGCUGUAAAGAAAACAUCGUCAGAAAGGAACCGGUCCAGAUUAAUUCUUUGGUGGUUAUCAAGGUGUUACACUUAGCACACUGGACAAGACAUCCUAUAUCUGAAUAAUUAUGCUCAGGAGCAAAGCAUUCAAUCUGUUAAAAUCAAUUCACUUGAUGGCUGGCCAGCCAAAUUUGGCUUAUAAAGGUAUUCAUCCAGUUACUGCUUCACAUGGACACCGCCCUCACAGAAGUGUGGCAUACAGACAGAGGUACAAGACAGGUGCAGGUAGUGCUGGAGGAAGAACACUAAGUGCUCCUCAGACCAAGGCCAUGUCAGAACAGGAGUUGCCGGGUCUUUUGAUUCUGGAUAUUGGAGGAACUUAUGGUGUGCAAGAAAAUAUUGUAGCACUUUUGAAAAAACACUUUUGCCUUAUCACCAUGAAGGAGUUUCUUGCAAACAAAAAAGAAAUGAGCAAAAAAAUCCAAUCCGUUUUUGUGUCUGAGUGCAGGCCAACUGUUGACCAGGAACUUCUAGAAAGUUUGCCUAAUUUAAAGGUAAUUGGAAACUCUGGGGUUGGAGUGGAUCAUUUAAACUUGAAAAUGAUUUCUAACUUUGGUGUGAAAGUCACCAAUACCCCACAUGCCGUUGCUGACUCUACAGCAGACAUAGGAAUGGCCUUGAUGCUGGCCUCUGCCAGAAGACUAGUUGAAGGCUCCCAGAUAGCAAUUUCUCCACACACAAAGUAUUUUGCUGUUGACUGGCUGGGAGUUGAAGUUUCCAGGGCGACUCUUGGGAUCAUCGGGAUGGGCAGAAUUGGGUAUAAAGUGGCUCAGAGAGCCAGAGCCUUUGACAUGAAGAUCCUGUACCACAACAGGAAGCAGAGAAGAAAGGAGGAGGAACAGGCAGUUGGUGCCCACUACUGUGAGAAGAUGGAAGACUUGCUGCAGCAAUCUGACUUUGUUAUGCUGGUUGUGAACCUGACUCCUGAGACUCACAAAAUGAUUGGGAAAAAGGAGCUGGGGCUGAUGAAACCCACAGCCACUCUUAUAAACAUUGGCCGAGGUGCACUUAUUGAUCAAGAUGCAUUGGUAGAAGCUCUCCAGAAUAACAUCAUUAGGGCUGCUGCUCUGGACGUGACAUACCCUGAGCCUCUGCCAAGAGAUCAUCCUUUGUUAAAAUUAAAUAAUAUCAUUAUAACCCCUCACAUUGGAACUGCAACAGUCCAAGCCGUCCAGAUGAUGGCAGAAGAAGCAAUAGCAAAUAUGCUGGCUGUUCUCAAUGGUCAACCCAUUCCGAGUGAAGUGUUUCCCAAAUGAUGUGGGCCAGAUGACACUGCUAAAUCUCUUACCUAUAAGAAGGCACUAUUUCCUACAGUACCACUUUUAAUUUUUUUUAAAAAAGUAACUGUUUCUGCACUGAUGAUGUUGUCAUGAUACUGCAAAGCUGUCAUCUCACUCGACUUACCCCGUAUUGUCAUUUGCAAUUCUGAAAAAUAAAAAAUUGAUAAUUUUGUUUGAAGGUUUUAAA